GUUUCGUGGCGAACGGUCGAUCAGCGCCAGUCGUUGUCGUUGUCGUAGUCGCAGUCCGUGGCCCUAAAGAAUUUCGACGCAGCCUCUUGCUGUGUGUGUGUGUAUGUGAGAGUGCAUUUGCAUGCGUAUGUGUGUGUCUGCAUUGUUUAUUUACAUACCUACCGAGUACAUUACAUGUUUUCCAUUUGGCGUUUUUAAUUGGGCAGCAAGUGCAAUUGUGUGUGUGUGCCGUGUGUGCUGUGGGCAGCCGCUUAGUAAAUAUUAGUUUCUUUUCGUCUCCGUCUUUUACUAUUUUUAUUUUUUAUUUUUUUUGUGCUUUCCCAAAAAAUCAAAUAAAAGAGAAACAAAACUGCACUUGUGUGUCUGUGUGUGUGUGUGUAUGUGCUUGUGAACUAACAGGAAACAACGAGCAAUUAAACAAACGACGCCGUCGCCAUCGUCGUCGUCGCAGUUGCAGUUGCAGUUAGAACCAUGGAGCCCAAGACACGCUAAUUGAGGUCGUUGCUAGAUUUCGCAGGGCACAAAUCACACGCCAUUUUGUAGUAUGCUUCAGAAAUAUUACGAAACAUUCUAGAGAGGGGCGUCAAAAAAGCGAUCAACAACACAUCACAACACAGCUGCAACCACAACAAUUGCAUAAACAAGGACAACAACUACACGAGUAUACACUUGCAAAAGAGAAGACAAAGAGAGACAGAGACAGAGAGAGAGAGAGACAAGGACAAAGCGCGCGUGCCACGCCCCAAACAUGAGCAGCAUGAAGGGCGGCUUCUCCACACUGAAUCGCUGGUUUGGCCGCAAAAAGGAUAAAUCUGGCGUCGGCAGCGCGGCAUCCAAUGGCAAGCUAUCGAAGUCAACGACACAGCUGCACCACAUGUCCACCACGGACACGACGGGCAUGCACAUCAAUGAGGCUAGUCAACUGGAUUACAAUCGGAUCACCCCGCUCCCGGUGGCCACCAGCAACGCACCCUUCGAGCAGACCUUUCGCAUCACCGUCCUCCUGCCCCGAGAUCAGCUCUAUGUGGCGCGUCUCGGCGCCCGAGUCCCGCUGAGCAAACUGUUGUCCCUCGUCUGUGACAACAAGCAGUUGGAUGCCGAUAAAUACGAGUUCAGGAAUCCAGUGGAUGCUAGUCAGGUGUACAGCUGCGAGUCGACCAUCGGAGCAGUGGGCCUCUCGGAGAUACGUCUGUGCCACAAGUCGGAGUCGUACGACAGCUUCAAUGCGGACACGAUGCUCAAGUUUCAGCGCACGGCCGCGACCCGGGAUUCGUUGAGCAGCAGCUCGGACUUUAGCAGCAGCCGGCACUCGCAAUCGAAGCUGACGGCCAAGACGCCCAGUCCAUACAGUUCGAGCAACUCGCUUAACUCCAUGGACUCCACGGGCAUGAACUACACGCGCACCCCGGUGGUGGUGCCCAAGGCGAUGGCUCCGCCGCCACGCAAGAAGCGUGUGGCGCCCCGACCUCCCAGUCAAGUGGUUAUACCGGAGCAGUCGGUGCCGCAGUUCGAGACGGUGGCCCCGAAAGCGGUGUCGGAAGCAACGCCCACAGAGCCCGCCUAUGCGGUGAUAGUGAAGCGGCCACAGCUGUGCAUGUCCACGCCCAAUUUGGCCAGCACACCGGAACGGGAAACCCUCGAGUUGGACUGCAAUGGCAACAGCGCCAAGACGCCCGAUGCCAGCGAUGCCGAUGGCGGACAUUAUGCCACGGUCGAUAUCAAAUCGAAUGGCGGUCAGGUUUGGCCCGAGCCCACGCCUCGCAAGCGUCUCAUUCAGCUGAAGAAGAAGACGGCGCCCGCUCCGCCGCCUGCAGAUGGUUCCGCCGUCGCCGCCGACAGCAUCUCGCUGGCCUCGACAACGGCCUCCAUAACGGAAGUAGUGCUGGUCACCCCAACAGCUACCGCAACACCAACACUGACACCAACGGCAACGCCGCAGCCGGCGCCCCGCAUAACAACACCCACGCCCAUACCCGUGACACCAGCGACAACGGCCGCAGCCAUCCCGACUCCGACGACUCCGCCACCGACGAAACCCAGUCCAAUCGCAGAGGACUUGCCACAGACGCCGCCGCCGCCAUUGCCGGCAAGUGCAGCGCCUCAGCUGACGCCCAAUGGCAAUCAGAACGUGUCCAAGGUGCUGCUGAACCGCACGCCAACGCCGGAGCCACGCUCCCUGAGCAGCGCCACCGAGGGCGAGGACGAAGAGGAGGACAAUAACGAUGCGGCCUCGAAGCAGGCAGACUCUGGCAUUGGGGAGCCUGUGCCCACGCCUACGCCCUCGCCGCAGCCUAGCUCCACAUCGCCAUCACCAUCACCCGAGCCGGAGCCGGAGUCGGAGCAACGAGUGCGCGGGAAGUCGGCAAUUGAGUCGAGCUCGGAGGAUGAGGAGGCCAUCAAGGUGUACAAUUUCAAGACCUCAUGCCAGACAUCCGUGAAGACAACCGAGUCGGAAACCGAGUUGAAAAAGGAGUUGCCUAAGCCGCCGACAACGCUGGCCGAACUGACAGUCCUGACAGCAGCGCAGCCGGAGGAGGAACCCGCAUCCGAUGAGCAACCUUCGCCGGUGAAUGGAGCUCUGACGACGCCCAGCAGCGCCAGCGAGCUGACAUCGUUGUCGUCGUGGAAUUAUGCGGUGCCCAUAUCACCGCCACCAGAUUUCUCCGAUACGCGACCGCGCAGCAGCGGCUCGCCGCUGAACGAGAUUGUUGAUGAGCUGUCGACGAUCAUACAACAACAGCGUCUGGACACGCUGAUCAAACAGGCGCCGGAGCAGCCGCAGAUCGAGGCCGCCAAGCCGAAUCGUCUGGCCAACUUUAGCAUUGCGGCCAUCGGAAAUGUUGCCAAUGGCACAGCAACCAAAUCGAACAGCUCCAGCUCCAGCUGGAGUUCUAGCUCCAGUCCAGCCACAACACCCACAACAAUCACACGUGCCGAUUCGUUUCAUCAGUCGCCACGCAGCAGCAGCUUGGGACUGGGACUGCGACUGCGCAGCUCAUCGCAGCUGUCGCUGAACAAACUCGAGCAGAACGGACUGCAGCAGCAACAGCGACGCUCCUCGAGCGAACUGAGCAUUGCCGAGUCACCGUCGCUGCAGAGUCUCGAGCUGAUCAAGACCAUACUGAGCAACUCGCGCAAGAACAGCCUCGCCAGUCCGGAUGCGCCACCGCUGGAGACGACGACGACGCUUGUGAAACCAAAGAGCAGCAGUCCGUUGCCAGCCACAGUCACCCCCGCUCCACUCCCAACACCAACCCCAGUCCAGUCCAGUCCAGCAGUUAAGGCGGCUUCUCCACCGGCCACACCAGCAGCUGCUCGGACUCCCCACGCCGUGGAGGAACAGCUGACACCAUCAAGCCCCAUCCCCGCCAGUCCUGCUACAUCCCCGAAACCAGCAGCGAAAGCAGCUCCGGCUCCCGCUGCCGCUCCCGUUCCCAUAGUCAAGCCGCUGCCACCAACCUAUCGCUACUCUGGACCACCCAGCAUCAACUUUGCCACAUGGAGCGAGCGUCCCAAGUCGCAGGUGGCGAUCAAGAAUGAAGGCGAUUACAUAUUCGGCGGUGCCACAGCCGCAGCGGCGAAUGCUUCCGCCAACUCGCCGCCACCGCCAACGGCUGCGAAGCCAGCAGCUCCGGUCAAGCUGAGCAUCGAGGUGGCCUCGCCCAUACUGCGCAUGGGAAUACCACGCAAGGAGUACCAUGUGCCCAUCACAGUCAAGCCACUGCGUGAUGCCAGCCAAGAACGCGACCAGCAACAGCAGCAGACGGAGUUGUCCCGCGAAACGAAGCGGGAAUCGCUGAGGGAGCCGCCGCUUAGGGAGCCACAGCGUGAGGUGGUGAAACCCUCGACGCUGCCGCGUCCGGCAAAGAGUAAUCGCUUUACGCUGCCCGCCCAAGCGCACAGCUCGCUGACAACAUUCUCGUCAUCUUCGACAUCAUCCUCAACGAUAUCGACAACGUCGUCAACGUCGACGACGACGACAACGCUACUGAUGAACGGCAGCGGCAGUGGUGGAUCAUCAACCAAUUCAUUGCCGCGUCCCGUGUCAACGCUGGAAAAGCGCAAGACGCUGCCAGCGCCUGCUGUCGCAGCGGAGCCAGUGGCGGCGCCAUUUGGCCAAAACACUUUGCGUCGCACCGGCUUCAAGGAGCGCAUGCUGGCCAAGGAGCAGGAGGAGAAGGAGCAGGCACUGCGCGUGCGUGUAUCCGUCAAUGGUGGCCCAGUGGCCACAACACCCGCAGCUGCAGUCGCAGCUACAGUUACAGCCACGCCCACACAGACACCCACAGUCACGGCCACGCCCACAUCCACAGUGACAGUCAUAGCCACAUCGCCACAGUCGCCGCCUCUGCCGCCUGUGAAACCAACGCCAGCCGCAAAGACAAUCAUUCGCAGCAGCAAGCUGGAGUUGAAGCUGCAGCAGGAGCCGGAGCCAACGCAGGAGCCAGUUGUGCUGCAGGUCAAACUGCGUCCCGUCAGUCAAGUGAAGCCAGCUCCAGCUGCAGCAGCGUCGCCAUCGCCGCCUCCACCGCCGGCGCCUCCAGCCUUGGCCAAGGCGAAGCCCAUGCGAAAUGUGACACCCACAGCUGCCGAUCCGCGGGAUCAACUGCUCGAGGCGAUACGCAACUUUAAGCGGGAGGAGCUCAACAGAGCCUGAAGUAGAGAAGAGGAAGCGGAAGUGGAAGUGGAAGCGGAAGUGGAAACGAAAUGCACAAAGCUAUUGCGCAAAUUUUAAGUUUGAUUAUUUUUGUCUCCCAUUUUGCUUUGCUUUUAUUUAAUUUUCAUUUUUUUUUUUAUUUUGUAAAUAAUUAACAAGUGUUGUAAAUGAAAUAUUAGUAACAAUUUGCUGUUAAGCGUGUGCUUAAACAUUUUAAACCUAAACAUAAACAUAUAUGAAUAUAUAUACACACAUUUUUUUUAACUAUUAUUAAUUUUUUUUGUUAUGAACCAUGUUUUUUUUUUGCAAAUGAAGAAAAGAAACGUUGUUUUAGUCGUAAGGUCACAAGAACCCAAAAAAAAAACAAAAAACAAUUUAUCUACAUAUAAAACUAAAAAACAAAGCAAAACAAAAACGUAUAAAAAAAAAUUAAUUUCUAUAUACAACGUCAUAUGCUUACAUCAUAUAUUCUGUAUGUUAUAGUGAAUUAUAGUAACCAAUUUUCUAACCAAUGGGACUGGUCUACUUAGUCGUGUCAAAACAAAAAACAUAAACCAAGCAAAAAACUAAUUCUAUGUUAAACAAAAACAAAACAUCUAAUUAACUAAUAGCACAAACAAACAAAAAAACAAAAAAAGCAAAGCAAGCGAUUAGCGAACGAAUAGAAGCGUUACAUUGAGCGCUAAUAAAUUAUUAUAAAUAAUUACACACACACCCAUACACACGCACACACAAGCGAGUAUGUAAAUUGUGUGCUGCAACUAGUUGCAUAUUGUAUUGAUACAUUGAUAAAUAAAAUCCAAAAACUGACAAAAAAA